AUGACAGGAUCCUGGAAGGAUCGUACUGGCAAGACUACAAGAGCCUGUGAUGCCCGUUGCGCAGUGGUGGGCGAUAUUUGGUGUCGCAAAAUAUAUCAAAUUCUAUUUUUUUCUCUCUCGCUAUACUGUAUUGUUCAGAUACCGGUAGCAUACGGUUGUGGUUAACUUAAAGUGUUCCAGUACGAAUCGCCACCACGAGGGCAGUGUGUACCCCACGAAACGGCAAUGGGUGCUGCUCCAUCGAUCCCACAAGAUCCGUCAAGGAAACUUGAGGUUAUAGAUAUGGGAUAUUCCCGGACUGCCACGAUGUCCUUUGCCUUUGCUUUUGAGAAAUUGUUAGACGGCCCUGCUAUGCAUGGGGGGACACAGAUGUUCAAUCGGGAAGAUGCAUACUGCAAGAAGAUCAGCCUAUUAUACAAAUACAAACGUGAUGGUGACCGAGCACGAUUAAUGAAGACGCUGCAGGACGUCAUCGGUGGCUUUGUGGGCUGUUCAGACUGCCCCAUGAUCCACUUCCUUCCAGAGCUCAUGGAAUUGUAUCCAGAUGCGAAAGUAGUGCUCGUUACACGAGAUCCAGAGAAAUGGUGGCGAAGUUUCGCAGUAUUCGGCGAUGAGAACGUGAAGAAAGACUGGGCGAAACGUCUCUUCGAGAUUUUCCUGGCUCCAGUCCCAGGAGCUCGAUGGUUUCCAGCAACAGCUCAGGGAUUCGAGGAAGACUUGAUCCGAACCCAUGGCAUUAAAUCCCACCCAAAGAACUUUAUUGAAAUGCAUAACGACUGGGUGCGGAGCCAAGUUCCUAAAGAUAAACUGCUUGAGAUGGAUCUUGCAAGUGGCUGGGAGCCCCUUUGUAAGUUCUUAGGAAAGCCAGUACCUAUCGAACCAUUUCCCAGAGAAAAUGAUAGAGAGGCAAGAGACAAAUUCAUGAAGCAGAAAAUAAUUCAAGCUAGUAUUGCAUGGGUCACGAUCCUGUCAGCCACUACUGUAGCCGGGUAUGGGGUCUGGCGCUUUUGGAAGAAAUAAAAAAUAUAUACGGAACCAUGCACAGCACCUGUAAAUUAUAGCUCAGCCAAUCUUCUAUCAAUGCCAGUCGAGUUUGGGUACAUCAUGUACUUGACAGAACUUCUAAAUCAUUGCGUGUGGAGAGGUAGUAUCACCCCAGACAUGUAAUAAUUGUUACCUUUUUGUCGCACAUAGCAGGACUGGAGCUCAUACAGCUUAGAUCUUAUGAGAAUGGAUUCUAUUCUAAAUACAAC